AUGGCCAGCGAAGAGCCUCUAUUUGAUCCCUCCCUCAAAAAGCGCAAGAAGAAAAAGGUUAAUUUUGAUGAAGAUCCCCUCGGUGCAGAUGCUGCUCCCGCUGAGCCCGAAACCCCUGCGGUUCCACCUCCUGCCGAGACCAGGCCUGCUGCUCCGAUACUAAAGGAAAGCGAACCGCCAAAGGAAGAUGACUUGGACGCGAUGUUUGGUGAUUUGAAGAAAAAGAAAAAGAAAAAGGAAAUUCCCUUGGAUCUUGAACUGGCAAGUCGAGCCAGGCGUGCCCCUGCUUCUGGAGGCGCGACCCCGGCUACUGGUGGAGGUGAUGAUCUAGGAGAGUUUGCAGGGAUCAAGAAGAAGAGCAAGAGUAAGAAAGCUGCGUUCGAUUUGGAGGCGUUUGAGAAAGAGUUGGCAGAGUCCAAAGCCAAGGAAGGAGAAGAUGACGAAGAUGACGGUCCAGUACCUGACGUGGAUGAAGGUGACCUUGGAGAAGAUGUGUUUGCUCAACCUGCUCCAGAGGGUGGUGCGCAAGUCGAGACUUGGCACGGAACCGACAGGGACUACACUUAUCCCGAGCUCCUUGGCAGAUUCUACCAAAUCCUUCGUGCCCAGAACCCUGAACUUGCAGGAGAAAAGAGGAGAUACACAAUUGUCCCUCCGAGUGUUCACCGAGAUGGAAACAAGAAGACUGUGUUUGCCAAUAUUAGCGAAAUUUGCAAGAGGAUGCAUCGGCAGCCGGACCAUGUAAUUCAAUUCUUAUUUGCUGAAUUGGGAACAACUGGAUCGGUCGAUGGAUCACAACGCUUAGUUAUUAAGGGUCGAUUCCAGCCAAAGCAGCUAGAAAAUGUGUUGAGGCGUUACAUUGUCGAAUAUGUUACCUGCAAAACAUGUAAAUCACCCGAUACCAUUCUGACGAAAGAAAACCGUAUCUACUUCAUGUCCUGCGAGUCAUGCGGGUCUCGGCGUUCAGUCAGCGCGAUCAAAGCUGGUUUCCAGGCCCAGGUUGGGAAGCGCAGUCGUACCAAGGCUGCGGCAUAG